GUAAUUGCUAUGAUUGUAUGGUAUAUUUAUAGGAGUACUUCCACGAUGGCCCAUCAUAUCUUAGACCUUCGUCGAACAUAUCGUAUCACCGUCUAAAAUCAACAUUAAGAUGUCUGUUCAAUUAUAUGCCUUUGCUCUUCUCGCCUGCAUAGUAACUGCCUACGGCGCAAAACUAAGCGAUGUUCAUAACACAGAGAUGGUACCCGUAGAAAGAGAAGGACGAAUUUUAGUAGUGCCGACUCUGGGAGACGUGAUUUUAACAGGGUUAAAAGUUACUUGGUUCCUCAUAUCAACGGCAUGGUCUCUCAUUGGCUACAAACUGGCGGCCAUCACCCUGCUAGCCGACGUGGCCAUCUGGAUCGCGCACAAUUGCCUCCACGCGAUCAUCGGUGCGGCGGUGACGCUGGCCUUCUGCAAGCUGACCGGCAAGUGCAGCCUGAACUACGCGGAGUACGAGCCUGACCUCGCUGUGGCUGCUAAGCACCUCGCCGACGGCACUGCUAAAUUUACCAGUUAAAUUAUAGAUUACUUGCUUCUUAAUUUUUUUCCAGUUGCCAUAUUUAUCACACUUGAAAUAAAUUAAUUUUAAAGAAACUA